UAAAAAAAAAAAAAAAAUCUCCUGGCUGCAUAUCAUCAAGAAAAACAACAUUGUUUUCAGGGUCUCUUAUCUCUCCACUCCCAAAUAUCCUGUUUCUUCAGGCUGGGCAGCCAGGACCAAUAGAAACCUCUUCCUGCCAUUGGUUGACUUCAUUUCCCAGACUUAGCACAAUCUCAUCCGCUCUAAACAACCUCAUCAAAACUACUUUCUGGUCAGAGAGAAGCAAUAAUUAUUAUUAACAUUUAUUAACGAUCAAUAAACUUGAUUGCAUUAUGGCCAGCACUAUCAAGGAAGCAUUAUCGGUUGUGAGCGAGGACCAGUCGCUGUUUGAGUGUGCCUACGGAACACCUCACCUGGCCAAGGCAGAGAUGACCGCGUCCUCCUCCAACGAUUAUGGACAGACAUCAAAGAUGAGUCCGCGCGUCCCUCAGCAGGACUGGCUGUCUCAACCCCCCGCCAGGGUCACCAUCAAGAUGGAAUGUAACCCCAACCAGGUGAACGGCUCAAGGAACUCCCCAGAUGAAUGCAGCGUGGCAAAAGGCGGGAAGAUGGUGGGCAGCCCAGACACGGUGGGGAUGAACUACGGCAGCUACAUGGAGGAGAAGCACAUUCCACCCCCAAACAUGACCACGAACGAGCGCAGAGUUAUCGUCCCGGCAGAUCCUACGCUAUGGAGUACAGACCAUGUCCGGCAGUGGCUGGAGUGGGCAGUGAAAGAAUACAGCCUCCCAGACGUGGACAUCUUACUGUUCCAGAAUAUUGACGGGAAGGAACUGUGCAAGAUGACCAAAGAUGACUUUCAGAGGCUCACCCCGAGCUACAAUGCUGACAUUCUUCUCUCACAUCUCCACUACCUCAGAGAGACUCCUCUUCCACAUUUGACUUCAGAUGAUGUGGAUAAAGCCUUACAAAACUCUCCGCGGUUAAUGCAUGCUAGAAACACAGGGGGUGCAGCUUUUAUUUUUCCAAAUACUUCAGUAUAUCCUGAAGCUACGCAAAGAAUUACAACUAGGCCAGAUUUACCUUAUGAGCCACCCAGAAGGUCAGCCUGGACUGGUCAUGGCCACCCCACACCCCAGUCUAAAGCUGCUCAGCCGUCUCCUUCCACAGUACCCAAAACUGAAGAUCAGCGUCCUCAGUUAGAUCCUUAUCAGAUUCUUGGACCAACAAGUAGCCGCCUUGCAAAUCCAGGGAGUGGACAGAUCCAGCUUUGGCAGUUCCUCCUAGAGCUUCUGUCAGACAGCUCAAACUCCAACUGUAUCACCUGGGAGGGUACCAAUGGCGAGUUCAAGAUGACAGACCCCGAUGAGGUUGCCCGGCGUUGGGGAGAACGGAAAAGCAAACCCAAUAUGAACUACGAUAAGCUCAGCCGUGCCCUCCGUUACUACUAUGACAAAAACAUCAUGACCAAAGUCCAUGGGAAGCGCUAUGCCUACAAGUUUGACUUCCACGGAAUCGCCCAGGCCCUCCAGCCCCACCCUCCAGAAUCUUCUCUGUACAAGUACCCUUCAGACCUCCCUUACAUGGGCUCCUAUCAUGCCCACCCACAGAAGAUGAACUUUGUGGCUGCCCACCCCCCAGCUCUACCAGUGACAUCUUCUAGUUUUUUUGCUGCCCCAAAUCCCUACUGGAAUUCACCAACUGGAGGCAUAUACCCUAACACUCGGCUCCCAGCCAGCCAUAUGCCUUCUCACCUGGGCACCUACUAUUAGAGACCUAGUCGAGGCCUUCCCAACAGCAUACAAUCGCCAAUGAACUGCCAGAAACUCUUUUGGAGAACAUGAAUCAAAGUGCCUCAAAAGGAAUGGAAAAGGUUGACUGGGCCUGGGUAAGGACACUAGGGAAGAAAUCCCAAAGACUCUUAGAAGGUAGGAAUUACUAAAGUAUUACUACAGAAAUAAAGAGAAGGCUAAAAAUGUAAUGUAUAUGGACAUACACUCUGUGCACCAAGCUUAUAAAAGACAUUGUAAGUAGAAGCAAGACAUCAUAAGGAAAAAGUGCCAAAGAAACCGGUCUUAAGACGUGUAUAAACUUCAGAGUAGCAUUUGGAAUCCUGCUAAGGCAAACUGGAUUCAACUAAAGCAAUAGAGAUAACACAGUUCUGACUUAACAUACCAUUUAUAAUGUCAUUUUUAAGGAAAACUACCUGUAUUUAAAAAUUGGAACAUAUCAGAAAAAAAAAGAGACUAUGGCUUAUCACAGGAUGUUGAUAUGGAACUCUUUGGCACUUGCUGUGUUGGUUGAAAUCAGAUUCUUUCCAUUUGAUGGAGAGCUCUCAGCUCUCUCAAACUGUGAAGAUGACCCAAAGUUUCCAACUCCUUUACAGUAUUAGAGGAACUGUGAGCCAGAUGGUGGGACUCAGAAAGUGGAUGGAGAACGGGUGUGGAAAUGUAGAUGAAGGCUGGAGGAAGAGGAAGAGGAGAAAACAGAGGAGGAGGCAGCAAGGACUGGGAAAGAAACUUCUCAAGCAGUGAAGACUGGACUUAGGACAAUAUGGGACUGUGGAGAAUGAGUUACGGAGAUGUAGGGUUUAAUGCAGUCAGUGUUAUACCAAACUCAGUGUUAAAGGACACAGUGUCAUGGUGGAAGGGGAAGUAGUAGAAUUCAGAAACAAAAAUAUGCAUCUCUUUCUUUGUGUGUUAAAAGAAAAUUUUAACUGGAAUUGUCUGAUAUUUAAAAGAAACAUUCAGGACCUUAUCAUUACGUGGGGGCUUUGUUCUCCACCAGGGUAAGGUAAGCGGUGGCCAUCUCGGCUACCACAAUCAGAAAUCACACAGGCAUUUGGGUGAGGCGGGCUCCAGUUUUCCUUUUUGAGUCGCGAACGCUGUGCGUUUGUCAGAAUGAAGUAUACAAGUCAAUGCGUUUUUUUUUCCUUUUAUAUAAUAAUUAUAUAACUUAUGCAUUUAUACACUACGAGUUGAUCUCGGCCAACCAAAGACAUACCACAAAAGAGACAAUCAGUGAUAUAAUGUGGCCUUGAAUUUAAACUCUGUAUGCUUAAUGUUUACAAUAUGAAAUUAUUAGUUCUUAGGAUGCAGAAUGUAUGUAAUAAAAUAAGCUUGGCCUAGCAUGGCAAAUCAGAUCUA